AUGUCCCAGUCGCUUAUCCUGCUCGCACUGUUCGUCCUUGUCCUCGUCGCUUCGUGCGUCCUGGCUGAUGUUGCCUCUGUUCCUGCCAUGAAGCCGCGCUCAUGCGCCCUCAACUUCGUCGCAACCCCCGCCAAAUUUUCACUUCCACUCAGAACCACGACAGUUCGCAUGGCGAAGGAGUCGGAGUCAGGAAUUGCUCCCAGGAAUGAUGAGAAGGACAAGAAGAGCGAGAACAGCAAGAUUGUCUCUCGGAAUAUUCAGAGUGUGAUCAAGAAAGUGCAGGCUUCCCCUUCCGUUCUGAUGGGAAAGAAGAUGAAGAAGUAA